AUGGAAAAUUCAAAUUCCGAUGUUGAACAUCAUGAAGAUAUUUCAUCAGACAGUUCAUUUUCGAAAUCAUUUCAAAAUUUUGCACAAACAAUUCACAACAAAGUCUGGGGCGAUUCCAAAUGGGCACAAACAUUUCAUGACAAAGUUUGGGGUCACGCAAACAAAGAAGAUGAUGAAGCACAAUUCACUUCAAUCAAAAAUUAA